CUACUAGUAGUAGUACCAUUUGUAGCAGUACAAUUAAUCAUUUUGUCUAUAUUGAUACUAAUACUGGUAUAAGAACUAGUAGUAGUAGUACUGCCUACUUGUACUUGUAGUACGGUAGUAGUGCGUAGUAGUAGUACUUGCCGGUGAAACGUCUGUCUGUAUGUUUCACAAAUCCUUCAGGCAACUUGGAMUUGAGCAAAACAAAAUCCCUAAAAACUAAAAAAAUGAGUACGAGUGCCGUACAGWAUUUUUUUGAUGGCCAACGAAAAGAGGGCGACUUCGGAAGCAGUGAUAGCUUUUCAUUGACAACCUUACUGAUACUGUUAAUAUCGUCACAUCAACUAACGCUAGUUCUCAAAUUCACUUCCUCAAUUCAGAGUGCCGUCCUCAACUUACAGCUAGGAGACUUCGCUUGCGUGAGAUUGAGUUGUUCAAUAAUGACUUCGGCCUCGAAGAAAAGACGGCGACGAGAACGGGAGAAAAGAUCCCAAGAUAUAAUCCAGAGGGCGCGAGCUUUUUCCCUUGUAGAUGCUGUCUCACCCGGACCGACGAUAURUCCUUCUCCUAAAAAUCGCGARAGGGAUGAUAUCCAUGACCGCAAUUCGCUUGUCUUUUCUAAUGAUCAUAAUAGUCCAGUUUCUUCACCAAAAAAUAAUCUGCCCAAAGAACCUUCAUGGAAACGGGUUGAUUUUGUUUUGCCCCGGGCAAAGGGCAAGAAAAACUUYGUUUUUGAUCAAAAGCCGAAGACAAACCUUGAUGAAAAUUUGUUGCCCUCGGUGGGAARUGGCAAUGACAAUAGCCAGAAAGCAAUAAAAUUAAAAAAGUCAGAAACCAUAGAAGAUAUUUUCGGCAAUAAGCGACACAAGGAGCACAAUUCACAGCAUCAACCUGAUUUUUYACCCGAUAAGGAGACGGAUAGUAGGAAAAAGGCUAGACGGGGAGACGGAAAUGAAUUGAAUGGAACUGAGUCAAGCUGUAGAAAACUAGAAGAUGCAUUCGAGGYAGCAAACGGAGAGUCGAAGAAUCCACCGAUCGACAAUUUUGUUGACGUAGCAAUUAAAGAGGAAAACCUUUCUCCAGGUUCAACGAAAGAAACUUCGAAAGCGUCUCCCAGAAAUGAUGACAUUAAGAAAUCUGACGAGAAACGUAAAUCGAAAGAAAAAGCAAGAAGUAAGAUUAGCAUGCAACCUACUUCCCCUGGACAAAUUACUGGAAGGACAGUAAAGGAAGCUGUUCGGGAUAAAAGAGGCCUAAGGCCGCGAGCGAAUUCCACUGACGGUGAAUUGAAUCUUCCGCAGGGCGGUCUUUGCGACGAACGAAUGAUACUUGAAGCCCACAAAUGGAAAUCAGAUAGAAAAUAUAUGAAUCAUUCCCUUCCUAGAGGAUUCCACAAUCUUGGAAACACCUGCUUUCUGAAUGCCACAUUACAAUGCUUGACAUAUUUACCUCCUUUGUGCCAGACUUUGAUUGCUAUAUCGGAAGAUAAAAUGAGGAAUGGACAGAACGGAGGAAAGAAAAAGGUACCUCAGGGACAAAAAAUAACCUCUUCRUUAUGCUCUCUUUUUCAGCAAGCUCGUGGUUUGAAUAAUAACUCGAAGGGAGGAGAAGGUCCAUUUGCUCCAAGAAAAGUAGUCAGUCACCUCCCAAAUAUUGGAUCUUGCGGAAGCCGAAAUGGUUAUAAGUUUCGUCUUGGGAGACAAGAGGAUGCUCAUGAAUUUUUGGUUCAUUUAUUAGAUGCAAUGAACGAUGGUGAGCUUCGCGCAGCGGGCAUAAAUCAGAAUACUAGUGGAUGGCGAGAUAGACUACCAGUAUCUCGAUUGGACGAAACUACAUUUGUUCACCGAAUAUUUGGAGGAUAUUUUCGAAGCCAAGUUCGAUGCAGAAGAUGCAACUAUCGGAGCAAUACAUAUGAUCCAUUUCUUGACUUAUCCCUCGAGGUUAGCAAGAAGUCUUCGACGAGCGUUCUGAAGGCUCUUUCAGAAUUUACGAGAAAAGAAACCCUUGAUGCUGCAAACCAAUGGAAAUGCUCUGGAUGUAAAAAGUAUGUCUGUGCCACGAAACAGCUAACUGUUUUCCGGCCCCCACUGACUCUUUGUAUACAACUGAAACGAUUCGCGUUUGACAAUUUUGGUUUCGGGCAAAAAUAUUCUAAGUAUUCACAUGGCUACGGUGGUGGCUCAAAAAUCACUAAGCCUAUUGAAUUCCCAGGGACUUUACAGCUUCCCUUGAGUGAUAAUAGGUCAUGUCAAUACACAUUAACUGGUAUUGUCAUACAUGUUGGCGGAAGUUCUCAGUCGGGACAUUAUACAGCGUAUGUGAAGAAACCAGUGAAGAACGGCACAAGUCAAUGGUAUCAUAUGGAUGACUCAGAAGUGCAACCGGUAUCAGAAAGAACUGUUCUAAAACAGAGAGACGCUUAUGUUCUCUUUUAUUGUCGCACCGAAGUCAAACUCGAAUUCCCAGAUCCACCGUCGAGAAGUAUGACCGCUUUGGAGGCUACCGAGUUUGGGAGGAACAGGGCGAGAGCAAGAGCGGAUAGCUUUUCUAUGGAAACUUCGAGGGAAGGGCUCAAAGGAAAUGUGAAUCACAAGAAGGAAUGUAUGGCAGAAGAACUCCUACUAGCCGAAUCAAUCCCUCAACCUCAAGAACACGAAACUAGCGAGCGAAAUAUGAAGGAUGAAAACAGCAAAAAAUUGAAAACGACAAACAUGAAUCCAUUGAAAAAAAUACAUACGGAGAAUAUUGGAGGGCGCCCUACAACGGUCGAAAAGACCGAAGGCACAUUAUUGACCUCUCCUUUGUCGAACGGCGAAGCUCAUUCAUUUUCAAAGGUCCAGGAUGAUCCAAAUGACUCGAGUGAUGAUUCGUCCUACAAGGGAUCUUCUUCAGGCAAUUCUAAUUCUGCAGACUCUGAAUCAAUAAAUGGAGACUUUUCAGACGGAAGCACAGAAGGAUCCUCUCGAAAAUGCCAUGWAAAGAAAACAAUCGAUAACAAAGAGUCUAGAUCUGCUAGCUCUUCUGAUGAUUCCUCUGAAUCAGAAAUGGACAGCGACGACGAUUUAACGUCAGACGGGAAAAUGGCUAUUAUAGACAAAAACCAAAGCGGUUGUAUGAGCUCAUCAAAGAGAAGCGCUAAAGARGCAUCGGAAUACUCGGAAUCUGACAAUGACGACGACGAUGUAUCUGUUUCAARUGACAAGAAGACAACAGAGGACCAUAAACAGGAUCGAUCUUAUAGGCCCUCAACGCACUUCCAAGGAAAAAGUAUUGAAUCCCCAGAUUCUGAAUCGGACAGAGAGAACAARUCUUCUCCGAAUGACAAAAAGAAAGCCCUGGGCAGUAUCAACGGAAAAAUCGAUGUGCAUUCGAAACAUAGCSCCAAAAAURAAACCGAAUUCUCGGAAUCCGAAAUUGAUAGCCGAGCCGAAUCAUCUAAAAAUGGCAAGAAAGAAAGGUCGGGAGAGAGGGAUAUGGUUGGUCCAGCCCAGAUGUCUCAAAACCCAAGUCCUAUAACUAAAAAUGCGAACAAGACCACAGUUGUAGUAAAUAAUACAGACUCGCGAGGAAAGGUAAAAGUUAUGUUAGGACCUCGUAAGAGAAAAAUCUGGGCGAGUAAAGCCAGUGCACUUCCUUCGAAGGCACCAGAUUUCCAGUUGCUCGGAAACAUGAAAGUUUCACAAUGGGGCGAUGACGACGACGAUACCAAUAAAAAUGGUGACAAACCGAUAGCUCCUACGAAGAAAUCAGAAGCGUCACAAGUUCAUUGCAAACGUAAAACUAUCAUUGAUAAAAUUGACAAACAAAACCGUGUCAGGAAACGAAAAAUGCAUCUUGAUCGUUGGGAUUCGCAUCUCGAUCAAGGAAAGCAAAAGAAGGUGAAGUCAGAAUCAAAAAGUGCCCCCAUUGAAGCGAGUAGUAUGGAUCCGAAGAAAAAUGUAUUCCAAAGGAUCCAAUCCAGUGUCCAACGAAUGAGUCGCGGRAAACAAAAGGGUAGUAGCUCAGUAUUCCGUCGCAAGUCMAAAAAGACGAGAGCCAGAUUUUAGGUUUGCACAAUGCACUUUACGACGAAGGCUUUGGCACUACGUAGUACUGUAUUUGAUAAUGAGAUGAAGGUCUUUCAAAUUCUAUAUUUCUAGGCAAUAUAAUUUGUCGUAAUUU